GUGACACGUACAAGUGUUGCGUCACACCCGAGUGACUGUUCUCGGUGGGUGUGUCUUUUUCCCGUCAAGGAGCGUCAGGAAGUGCGAUGCUGUGACGGUGGCGGUGCGAGACGCGGACACACAACGCCAUGGCAUCAUGUCCGCCUCAUGGCCACCUACCAUGAGAGGCCCCCGGGGGAAGACCCCUCCUCUGGUGUUCCCGCUGCUCCUGUGGCUCCUGGCUGGGACCUGGACCGGGGCUGUGUGGUGCCAAGAUGGCGGUGAUGAUCAGGAAAGCGAGACGCCGGCAGACGAGACGGAAGUCGUGGAAGAAGUUGUGGACGGUGACACGGACGUCCUCGCAGAGCCCACCUUGUCUUCUCCGGACGCGCCCCCAACGCUAGACCCCUCCCCCACCCAGGAGGGUGGUACAGAUACAGAGCGGAUUGCAACUGAAGACAGAGCAGAAGAUCUCGGCUCUGGGGGGGACAGUCCAGAAGCAAGCACGGAGGAUAUGAACUACGCCGACUCCACCCUGAGUCCUCUGGGAGACGAGGGCUUCAGUCUCCCCAUGGUGGUCAUCCCGGUGGCCCUGGUGGUCUUCAUCGUGGCCGCUGUGGUUUUGGCCGUCUUCCUCAAACGGAGGUUGAGUAAAGAGGCUGCCAAGGAUUCAAGAAAAGAUGAUCCAUAUCUGGACGGGUCCAGCGUGGAGAAAGUGCCAAUGCCCAUGUUUGAAGAAGACGUGCCUUCCGUCUUGGAGCUGGAGAUGGACGAGUUGGACCAGUGGAUGAAAAAUGACGGAUGACUCCACACGCCAACAUGGCAGAUCCUCGGCAGGAUCACGGAUGAUCACAAGAUCAUCUUCUUCACCAGCUUCUUCCUCUGACUGGGAUGACAGCAAGCUCGUCCAGGCCCUGUUUGGACUGUAAAUAUACCAAUAUACCAAGACUCCACACCCAACCACCUUCUCAGUGCUACAGCAAUAAAAUGUCCCACACUAGAAGUGUCGUGGUAUUCCAUCCUGUCCAUCCUACCGUCAUACUUCACUGCACUUGUAUACAGUACAGUCAUUUGCUCCCCAAAUAUGGCAGCUUUCCCCUGGGAAGGGGGUGCCUUGGCGGUGGAAAGCACCAUAGCGGUCAAAGAUCAUUUAUUUCUAAGGUUGAUUCUCCGAACAAAAUGACAACUGUAUUCCUGUAAAAAGUGCAAGCCUGGUUAAGAUGUCUUCUUAAGCUUCU